AAUGUGUGGCUAAGUUGCCUUGACUGUGCUGCUGUCACUGUUGAAUACAAGUGAGUAGCAAUUACAUAUACCCUUCCUCUGUUUUAUUUAACUAUCCAAUUAUUGGAAGUUGAAUUAAAAAAAAAUGGAUGGUUUGGGGCUUCUGCGGAUUCGAGUCGAGCGAGGUAUGAACCUCGCUGUGCGCGACACCAGAACCAGCGAUCCUUACGUUGUCAUUGAAUGCGCCUCUCAGAAGGUGAAGACUAGAGUUGAGAAAGACAAUUGCAAUCCAGUUUGGAAUGAAGAGUUGACAAUAUUAAUCAAAGACAUAAAUACUCCCAUCACUAUAUCAGUGUUCGAUCACGAUAAAUUCAGUCGAGACGACAGCAUGGGGAGUGCAAAAAUAGACAUAAAGCGUUUCGUAGAAUGCGUGGAAAUGGGGCUGCAGGAUCUCCCAGACGGCACACAGCUUGGCAGAAUGGAGGCGAGCAACGAAAACUGUUUGUCGAAGGAGAGCUGCAUCGUGUGGAAUAAAGGGAAGGUAGUUCAGGAGAUGGUUCUCAGACUUGGAGGGGUGGAAUGUGGCGAGCUCCACAUCCAGAUCGAGUGGCUUCACCUAUAACUAAAUUGUUUUCUUUUAGUAGCAUUUUUGUUGUUGAUGUGAUGUGUGAAAUUAUGGUGUUGUACAAUAAGAAACUGCGGCUGCGGCUGCUGCUGCUGCUACUACUGUGUAAAAGCAGUUUGUGAAACGUUGUUAUUCACCUAUGCGUUUGUCAUUACAAAUUUACAUUUAUUAAUAGGCUA